AGUGCGCUUCGCGCGACGAGCGCUUUGAAUAUGAGUUCCUACCUAAAAAAUUUUCCCGCCCAAAAUUAAAAAAUCUAAUAUUAUAAUAAGAGGAAAAAAAAAUCCUUUAAAAAUGACUACAAAGUGUUGCAAAAAAAAUUUUCAUUCAAGUGAUUAAUAGUGUUGUAAUUUUAAAAAAUUUCAAUAAUGCUGAGAUAUAUGAAUCUAUCGAUCAUUUUUAUUUCUUGGUGUUUGACUUUUCCCAUGAGGGAGAUAAAAGUGACUAAUAAUAAGAACUAACAGUGACACGGGACACGAUUUUUUUGCCAUUGAGAAAAAAAAAAAAAAAAUAUGGAAGAAAAAAAUUAUUCAAGAUUUGAAAAGUGCUUACAAUUGUUUGGAUACUGAAAAAAAAUAUAUAUAUUGCUCACUACUUGUGCAGAAAGUGAAUUAAUCUUCUCGAGAAAAUCUAAAAAGUGAGAGAGAGAAAGAAAAAAGAUACCAGGAAAUUCCACGGAACUUGAAAGUGCUUAGUGAAAAGUUUUUAACUAUGAACAAUUCAAAGAAGAGAGAAAAGGAAUAUUUGUGAAAGCUUGAAAUUCCAGUUGCUAAUUUACUAGUUUCCUAUUCUCUCAUAUUACCCCCCUUGAUCUUUUAUUAAAUUAUACAGCUAAAGUCCAUCUGCGCAAAUACUGCAAAAUCCAGAAGAAAACUUUCUAUAUUUACGAAUCGCAUUGAAGAUCUGAUGGCUUAUUGAAAUAAUAAAAUAAGAAUCAAAAUUGAUUCGAGAGGAAAUCGAUGCUAAAUCACCUAAAAAAAAAAUCAUGAAUGUUCCUGAAUAUUUAUUAAUUCAUUGCUCAAGUCAUUGUGUCUCAUUAGAACUAUAUUAUCAAGAAAAACUAAUGGGGAAAAAAUAUAAAUGAUUUUUCCAAAGAAACUUGACAGAUCGAUUAUAAAUUAUUUUAUCAUCAAUAUUGUGGAAAGCAAAAGAAAAAUGCCUCUGAUUUCGGCAAAAAAAAUUUAAAAAGUAAAAUAUCGUAUCUAGCACGCCAACACUUAUAUUCAAUUGAAUUAACUAUUCAAGCUCACUUGCGCAAUUAAGUUCCCGAGUUCAGGAACGAAAAUGAACGAAAAGAGAUGACAAAGAGAAUAAUGUGACUAUAUAUAUAUAUAUAAUUUCUUGGCGAGUCUCCAUUUCAACGCCGAAGAUGAUCGAACGAACACUUUCUAUUAUUUCUUAUAAUCGCGUUCGUCACGUGGUGUAUUCGAAACAGUGCCAACUAAUUCAAAAUUAAAACAAAACAAAAAAUUUUCAACUAAAUCCAAAAUUUUAACAAUAAAACUUGAUAUUAAAAUAUUACGAAACAAAAAAGUGAAAUAAAAACUAAUUUUGAAGAAUAUAUUCGCGAUUAAAUUAUUAAAAAAUAUUAAUUUGCAAAUAUUAAAUAAAGUGAAUAAGAAAAAUAAAGUGGUUGUGAAGUUUCGAAAAAAAAAAAAAAAAUACCUAAAAUUCAGAAGCAAAUGUAAAGGAAAAUCUUAUUCAAAAAUGUAUUGCAGAAAAUAAAAUACAAAAUGUAGUGGAAACUAAAAUAUGUAAUAGGGGGAAUAAGAUAAGAAGAAAAAAGAGAAGAGUUUCAAUGAUAUCGAACAGCGAACCUGGAUAAAAAUGCUAACAUAAGAGAAGAAGAAGAAGAAGAAAAAAAAAAUUCUCGAGGGCGAUAAAAGUAAAAGGGUCUGUGUGGGAGGGUGGAGAGAAGAGAAAGAGAGAGAGAGAGACACACACACAAAAGAUUUAAAAACGAUGGAAGUAAGUUCUGCACUGAGGAACAUCACCGACGGCAACACCGGAAAUUUUACCGUUCAUCUUUUCGCCAGCAACAUUACUCGUAAUCUUGCAACAGUCACCAAGAAAAACGAGAUCCUUGAAUGCGAGGUCGAGCUCAAGGAUGGGUUAUUUGAGUUCAUCGUUUGUGGUAUACUUUUGAAUCUCGUGAGUCUCUUUGGCAUCUUUGGAAAUACAAUCUCAAUGAUCAUUUUAUCAAGACCUCAAAUGAAGUCCUCUAUUAAUUACCUUCUUAUCGGUCUAGCAAGAUGUGAUAGCGUUCUCAUCAUCAUAGCUGUGAUGAUUCACGGUUUGCCAGCAAUUUAUUCAUACACCGGUUGCAUGUUCGAUUACAAAUUCUACGUUUUUCCAAAAAUUGUCAAGUACUUGUACCCAGUGUCCUUGGCGGCGCAAAUGGUGACGGUAUAUUUAACCUUGACCGUGACCAUGGAACGUUACGUAGCCGUAUGUCAUCCCUUAAGAGCAAGGUCACUCUGCACGUAUGGUCGUGCAAGAGCAGCUGUGAUAUGCAUUGUCAUCGUCUCAUUUCUUUAUAACCUGCCCAGGUUUUGGGAAGUGGAAUACAGAGAUGAAAUCCACUGGAAGGAAAAAGUUAAAGUUUAUUGUGUAAUGGCAGCCAGUUUACGAGAAAGUCGUUUGUAUAUUACACUUUACGUUCACUGGUUGUACUUCUUCGUCUACUAUGCCUGUCCAUUUGCGGCUCUGGUGGUCUUCAACACCGCCAUUUACAAACGGGUCAGAAAGGCAAACAGAGACUUGCAACAUAUGUCUAGACAUCAACGACGAGAAAUAGGCCUGGCAAUGAUGUUGAUUUGUGUUGUCAUUGUAUUCAUCAUAUGCAACAUUUUGCCAAUGGUCAGUAAUGUCUACGAGAAUCUCUACACAAAUCCACCAGUUUGGAUGGUGCAAAUAGGAAAUCUACUAGUGACAAUUAAUAGUAGUAUUAAUUUUAUAAUUUACGUGAUAUUUGGCCGUAAAUUUAAAAGGAUAUUCCUAAAGCUAUUUUGUAGUAGUAAUAUUUUUGGUCAUGGUCGCGAUAGUCCUGAAUUUCAAACAUACGAUGAAUCUAUUGUAACAAAUACAACAAAUAUUGAAUUGAAAAAUUCAAUAAGACGAAGUCAUAGAAUGAGUAAUACUUGUCGAAAUAAUAAUAAUCAAAUGACCAAUGGAAGUUUAAGACAAAGUAUCAAGGGUUCAAUAAGAUCCGAUGGACCCGGUCCAUGUGUUUAUUAUCCUGCAAGGAGUCCUGUUCGAAGUCCAAGUCAAGUCUCACGAAUAUCGACACAAAAUGGAUGGAGCAAAAAAGAAAUAACCGAGACUGUUUUACUUUAGAUUCAAAUUAUUUUCAUUAUUGAAAAUUAGAUUUAAAAAAAAAAUCAUUCAUCAAAAUUUCUAUUUCCAUUUAGCCAUAUUUCCAAUACUGAAUUGUCGACAUUUUUUUAAAACAAAAAAAAACUCUUAAUUUUCAAAAAAAAUAAUUAUUAAAAUAUUUUUUAAUUAUUAUAAUUGCCACUAUUAUUUAU